AAAACAUUGGUUGUUAGGUAUGGCAAGAUAAAAGUGAAACACUUUUUUUGUUUUGAAAGAAUAUAAAGUGGUUCUCAAAAAAAAAGUGAAAGACAGAGAGGUCGGAGAAGGGAAAAGUGGCGAUGAAACAAGGGAAAGUGGAGAUGACGCCGGCGGUCGCCGCCGCGGCGGUUCUGCCGGUGGGGUUCCGUUUCCGGCCGACGGACGAGGAGCUGGUGAGGCACUAUCUGAAGGGAAAGAUCGCUGGGCGGAGCCACCCUGACCUCCUCCUCAUCCCGGACGUGGACCUCUCCACCUGCGAGCCCUGGGAUCUCCCGGCCAUGUCCGUUAUCAAGUCCGACGACCCCGAGUGGUUCUUCUUCGCCCCCCGCGACCGCAAGUAUCCCGGCGGCCACCGCUCCAACCGCUCCACCGCCGCCGGCUACUGGAAGGCCACCGGCAAGGACCGCCUCAUCCGCUCCCGCCCCGCCGGCCCCCUCAUCGGCAUCAAGAAGACCCUCGUCUUCCACCGCGGCAGAGCUCCGCGGGGCCUCCGCACCGCCUGGAUCAUGCACGAGUACCGCACCACUGAGCCUCACUUCCAAUCAGGCAAAAACGGUAGCUUCGUUCUGUAUCGCCUGUUUAACAAGCACGAACAAGAUGAUACCCAUACCCCGGCCUCCAAUUUGGACCAACAAUUGUCCACGUCUUCUCAAGGCAAUCCCCAAAAUGGCACACCUGCUGUCCAACCGGCCCUCGCCUCAAUAAUGAAGGAUCAUCAGACCUUACCAUCAUCUGGUUUCAGCCAACUGACUGAAAUACAAGAUGCUAGUACAUCUGUCCAUGACAAAGAGCAAACUGUAGCCCAUGACGAUGCUUUUCUGGACGUGUUAUCUCAACUUCCAGACCUAGAGCCUGAGCAAAGAUACAAUGGAUUCCCUAAUAUCACCUCUCCAAUUCGCCCUUACAGCGAUCACCCUUUUGUCGGCAAUCUGGGUGAGCAAGAUCUUUCAGCGCAUUUUGGCAGUACCUUGUCUGAGCAGGACCUGCAAAGUUUGUUGUUUAGUCCAAAUUACACCAAAAUGGAUAAGCACCCCACUGGAAACGUAGAGUCUAAUCCUACCGCGUCGUCCAACAAUCCAAACAAUAACACAUUACUCAUGGAUAGUUGGAGGAAGAAUGAUUCAUAUCAGAUGCUUCUAAUUCAGCGUGCAGACAACACAGAUGCUACUUGCUGUUCUUCUUCAAUCAAUGCACCACAAACAGAAACAAGUGAUGCUAAUCUUGAAGCAAGAGCCCAGAGUAGCAGCAUGGUCUACAGUGGAGUAGCCGAGGGCUCCCCCUUGUGCAACCAAGAUCAACUACACUCCGCAUUCAAUCCUCACAUGGAGUCACAAAAGAGUGGAGCCUUCUGUUGGGCUGGAUUGUGGACCCCUUAUCCCCAGCAUUGGUUCGAUACUAUCGUAGAACCGGGCAGGAGUGGCAUGACAUUUUCAGAUGCCUUGAAAGAACAAGGUCAGGAACAGGCACCUUCAAUGAAGCACUUGACAGCUCAAGAUCUCGUUGAUCCACAACAAGGAACUGCUGCAAGAAGGAUCCGCCUUGUAUGCUCUGUUGAGAGGGCAUCAGUCUCUCAACCUGUAUCCUCACAUUUGCAGAGUGAAUAUGAAGCUGGAUCAUGCUGUAACACUCGCAAUUCAUCUAAUAACAAGAAGGAAAGUGUCAGGAGUGAAGAUGAAGCUGGAUCAUGUUGUAACACUGGAAGUUCAUCUAAUAACCACAGCGAGGAAAAUGACGAUGCAGCCUCCCAGAUUAUGGAUGGAGAACCAAUGCAUAUUCAGUGCAAAGAGGAUACCCCUAUUCAAGUGGAUCAUUCAGUGGAAGUUAUGGACAAGCUCCAAGGCUUCUCCUUUCAUGAAGAGAUGUUGGUACAUGCUAAUCAGCCCCGUGGAACUAAUCUAAAGCAGAGGCUGUUGAGAGUGGAGUCUAGAAAUAGCAAUGAGAAUAAUGUACCUUCGUUGGAGACACGAGAACAGCAGCAUGCACCUCAUAUUCAGAAAUGGACUAGCUCUGUUGUGCGACUAGGGUGGGGGUGGCAGUGGCCGGCUCUCUUUGUGAUGGCCGGCUCUCUGCUUUUGUUGGUUGGUGUGUGGAAAUCUCUGAAUCACACUACCUGACUAAUGUAAAUAAAUGGUCGCUUAGCUUAAGCUUGGGAGCCUCAUAUAUACUACUACAUAUGUUCUUUGGAAAGUACUGCAGGUAACUGGUUCAUAUAAAGAAGUUGCAAGAGUUCAUUAGCUAGCCA